AUGGCAGAAGCAAUCAAGAAGGUCUUCUCAGACAAGCGAGACCAGGACCAAGCGGUCCUGAUCAACUUCCUGACAGCCGGCUACCCGACCAAGGAUGCGACCGUUCCCCUCAUGAUGGCUCUGGAAGCCGGAGGGACCGACAUCAUCGAGCUCGGUGUACCUUUCAGUGACCCCAUUGCGGACGGGCCUGUAAUCCAGAAGGCCAACACUAUUGCCAUCGAGAACAACGUCCACUACGAGGACUGCCUGCGGUAUGUCCGGGAAGCGAGGGCGCAGGGAUUGAAGGCUCCCGUCGUCUUCAUGGGCUACUACAACCCCCUGAUCGCCUACGGAGAGGAAAAGGCAGUACGAGACUGCAAGGAGGCCGGUGCGAAUGGAUACAUCAUGGUGGACCUGCCGCCAUCGGAGGCGUUGAAGUUCAGGAAGAUCUGUACCUCGGAAGGCAUCUCAUACAUCCCCCUUAUCGCCCCUUCGACUUCGAUUGACCGAGUCAAAUACCUUGCUUCCAUUGCCGACUCCUUCAUCUACGUUGUGUCCAAGAUGGGAGUCACUGGCUCCAACUCUGGCACUGCCAUCUCCACCUCCCUCCCCGAGCUCAUUGCCCGUAUCCGCGCCUUCACCCCUGUCCCCCUCGCCGUCGGUUUCGGUAUCGACAACCGGACACAUUUCGACUUUGUGACCUCUGCCGGUGCAGACGGUGUCGUCAUUGGCUCCAAGGUCGUCAAGGUCAUCCAGGAAGGCGCCGCCGCCGGUGACGCCCCCGCCGCACUCGAGGCUUUCGUACGCACCGUUUCGCUCAAAGACCAGCCCAUCCGCCCCCUCGGCCGCGAGAAGAAGUCUCACAACGCCGACGCUGCUGGACACCCCUCCCCACCCCUCCCUCUCCCCUCAGACGCCAAGGAUGUCGACCCGCUCGACGGCGUAGCGAAAGACGAUCUCAACGUCACCCGCGCCGGAAAGCUUCCAUCGAAGUUCGGCAUGUUUGGCGGUGCAUAUGUCCCUGAGUCGCUCGUCGACUGCUUAAACGAGCUGGAGGAUGCGUACAUCGCGGCCAAGGAGGACCCGGCGUUCUGGAAGGAGUUUGAGGACCAGUUUGCGUACAUGAACAGGCCGUCAGAGCUGUACUUUGCCGAACGGCUCACAGAGGAGAUGGGUGGUGCGAAGAUCUGGUUGAAGCGUGAGGAUCUGAACCACACCGGUAGUCACAAGAUCAACAACGCCAUGGGACAGAUUCUCCUCGCCAAGAGAUUAGGCAAGAACCGGAUCAUCGCCGAGACGGGUGCUGGACAGCACGGUGUCGCCACUGCCACCGUCUGCGCCAAGUUUGGUAUGCAGUGCGACAUCUACAUGGGCGCCGAGGACGUGCGGAGACAGGAGUUGAACGUGUUCCGGAUCAAGAUGCUGGGUGGGAAUGUCAUCCCCGUCACUUCCGGAACCCAGACCCUCAAAGACGCCGUCAACGAGGCGAUGCGCGACUGGGUCACCCGUCUCGACUCGACCCACUACCUGAUUGGCUCCGCCAUCGGGCCCCACCCCUUCCCCACCAUCGUGCGCGACUUCCAGCGCGUGAUCGGCCGCGAGAUCAAGUCACAGAUGGCCGAAAAGGCCGGCAAGCUGCCCGAUGCGGUUGUCGCGUGUGUCGGAGGCGGAUCCAACGCCAUCGGGACAUUCUACGACUUUAUCGAGGAUGAGAGUGUGCGGUUGAUUGGUGUCGAGGCAGGAGGACACGGUAUCAACACCGAGGCGCACUCGGCUACGCUCAGCAAGGGUGUCCCUGGUGUUGUGCACGGUGCGGCGAGUUAUAUCAUUCAGAGUCUCGACUACAACUCGGUCGGCCCAGAACACGCCAACCUCAAAUACACGGGCCGCGCAGAGUACAUUGUCGCGGACGACUUUGAGUGCCUCAAGGGAUUCAAGAUGGUCACUGAGCUCGAGGGGAUCAUUCCUGCCCUUGAGAGUUCGCACGGUCUUUGGGGCGGGAUGCAGCUCGCCAAGACGAUGCCAAAGGACAAGGAUAUCGUCAUUUGCCUGUCUGGGAGUGGAGCCAAGGACGUGGCGGAGGUGCUCUUGACGCUCAAGAGCAAGGACUGGGCCGAGCGCUUGGACUGGCAUGUGGCCGCUUGA